GGAAAUUAUGAAAAAAAAACCAUCUUCUAUUAGUCCGAAUGACACUUUUCCGACUUUGAUGAUGCCUAGGUACGUACCUACCUAGGUACCUUACAGGCCAGGUGUCUCGGCCUCCGCACAACCAUCGUCUCAAGGCAGAUUCGAUUUUUUUUAUGACGGCCUUGAAUCUUCCCAGGUGAGUGAGCGUCAUACCGAGUCCAGCAUCAUCUUUUAUUACAAAGUGGGUAGGUACAGUAGGUAGGUACUUCGUACUUUGUAAGACCGAGGUUCCCGUUCGCCUCUCAAAAGUUUGGGAUGCCUUACCUCACCUGGAAUUAUCGCCCAGCUUGAGCCAAGGCUUCCGGUGCACCGUGCUUUUUUUUCCCUGAUUGACCAUCACACAAUCAAUCACCCAUUCGUCCACGGCCUCAGUUGACGUCAGCGGGAAUGCCACUGGAAGAUCAGCGCAAAAUGCGGUCAUUGACGAUGCACACACAAUAACCCGGCAAAUCACAGUCAAUGUUUUAACUCCUACCGGUACGCAAAUCCGAUUCAUCUGUGGAUGCCAGCCGCUGCCCCCUUUGACGCCACAAGUUCUGGACUUCAGGGACCCGGACCCCCUACCUACCAAAAAAAAAAAAAAAAAAAAAAAAAAACACAGUCGAAUACAUCACCCCCACUCGAUCUAAUUACGACGGUAGCCCCGUAAUCCCUGCACCGAAACUCUGUUGCUGGUAGCGAAGGCCAGUGACAGCAUCUCAACUCUUUUCGGUCUCGGGCUGUUUUAACAAAAAGGAAAGCCCGGUCCUGUCAUCCCUGAGGAAAUUUUGUCCUGUAUUGUUGACCAGACUGGAAGGUUACAUGCACCUAUAAUUCCCUGCCUCUGACCAAGGAUCCCACCUCUUUUACAUUUUCGACCUUCUUUACAUCGUAUUGUUAUCCAUUUGUCUAUUCUAAUAAUUCGACUUUACUCGCGUCCAACCGACGACGCAUUUUGUUUACCCUUAUCGCACACCGUGUCAAACAAUGUGCCUACGACACUGUUGAAGAACCACGUUGAUCCUCGAGCCAUGCCAGACGCUAUCCAAGAUGUUCCGGUAGACCGUACCAAGAAACCGAUCCCUCCCGAGCUCAUCCAUCUCACCGAGCCAUUCGAAAAUGGCUAUCACUUUCCGCCCAAGUAUCCUUUUGGAGAGACUUGCAAGCAUGCCUGGUCUAUUUCUUGGCGUUGGGUGCUGACGAUCAAGGGCUUCCUCAUUACCAUCUAUGGCUUGAACGUCGUGGCCUGGGGUGGCAUGCUCUUCCUACUGCUCUGCAACGCGUCGCCCGCCAUGUGCAUCCCCAACUGCGACGACAAGGCUACAUCUCCCCGGCAGAUAUGGCUGGAAAUAGCGUCCCAGAUCCUCAACGCACUCUUCUGCGUGACGGGAUUUGGACUGGCGCCUUGGAGGUUUCGCGACCUGUACUACCUCAUGAAGUACCGCAUCUCGGACGAUUUUGACGGCAUACGUACUCUCGCCGGCAUCCACAAAGGCUGGUUUCGCCUUCCCGAAUCACAAACACUUCCUCUCGAUGUCGGUCCCGACAACCUCAACGAAAACGUACCACGUGUGGCGAUUCCGCUGCCCGAGAAAAAGACACCCAAGCCGCCUUUGAGCGGCAUGCGGGCACCUCCCACGGCUAUUUGGAAACUCGAUGCCGUCAUCUGGCUCUUCGUGUGGAAUACCUUCUUGCAGAUCGGGUUGGCCACAUGUAUGUGGGCCAUGGACCGGUUCAACAGGCCGCCUGCUGUCACCGGUAUUCUCGUUGGCUUUGGCUGUGUUGUGGCAAUGAUCGGAGGACAGAUCAUGGGAUCUGAGGGAUCGUCAGUCAAAUCAGUCGAAGGUAUACCUCUGGAUGACGAGGACAGGGAGAGGCUGCGUGCUGAUGAGGCGAAGGGCAUCCUUCAUUACAACAACAAGAAGGACAAGCUGCCUAAAGAGAUACGGAAGGCUGCGAAGGACAAGGAGGCUGGGGAAAAGAUAUCAGUAUAGCCUAUCGACUUUUGGAAAAUUCAUGAUAGGGAGUGCAGUACAACGCACUGGUGGCGGGCUGCGUCACACCCCUGUUUCCUUCUUUAUUUAUUUUUAAUCUGCUUGGCUUUUGUUAACGUUACUUGUAACAAUUAUGUGGCUAGCAUGGGGUUUGGCGUCGGGUUCGGGAAGAGUACACAAGAUAGCAUAAUCGAUUUUGUUUAUUGUGUUGUUUGUUGACUUUGGUGUAGAUACUGCCCUCAGAUACUAACCUCUGGACCUAUACACUGCCAUCAUCUGU